AGGCUAUGACCAAAGUUUGCAUGCGUAAGUCGAGUGUUACAUCAAGUACUUUUGUGAGUUACCUUUUUUACACGAAAUAAUAACAAAGCGUCCUAUAAUAAAAGUUUACAUUAAAGUAUGUCAAACUCGUUUUAUCUAGAGCACUACCUUGAAAGUAUUGAAGGAUUACCUUACGAUUUACAGAGAAAUUUUUCCCUUCAAAAAGAUUUAGAUCAAAGAGCACAUGAUUUGCUUGAUGACAUUGAUAAAUUAUGUGAAGAAUAUAUAUCCAAAGUAAAAGAUCUGCCUGCUGCAGAGAGGAAAGAUUUCUUUUCUAAAAUUGAAAAAGCUUUUCAAAAGAGUAGAGAAUAUGGAGAUGAUAAAGUUCAGCUUGCUGUUCAAACAUACGAGAUGGUUGAUAAACAUAUCCGACGUCUCGACUCUGAUUUAUCAAGAUUUGAGGAAGAGUUAAAAUCACAAAGGCAACAACAACAAGAACAACAACAGCAACAAAGUGGAGAGGAAACUGAUAAUCGGAAGCGAAAACUUGAAAAAAAUGAAUCUUUGAAGAAGAAAAAGAUUAAAAAAGACGAACAAAUAGAAAUACCAAAGUCUAAUCUAGUAACUUCUGCUACACCACUUAUUACUAUGGCAACUGAUAUGAAUGUGCUUGAUAUGCCUGUAGAUCCUAAUGAACCCACAUAUUGCUUAUGUCAUCAAGUAUCAUAUGGAGAAAUGAUUGGUUGUGAUAACAAUGAUUGUUUAAUUGAGUGGUUUCAUUUUGGUUGUGUUGGGUUAACAACAAAGCCUAAAGGAAAGUGGUUUUGUCCGAAAUGCUCUUCGGAUCGAAAAAAGAAAUGAUAUCUAGCAUCAAUUAAGCAGUAGUUAGCAAAAUUAGCUAAUGGCCUUCCGUGUUGCAUUUUCUGAUCAGCCUUUAUAUGGUAAAACCAAAACUUAGGCGUGUAACUUCUUAAGUCUACGUUCAUUAUAUGGUUGCAAGCAUCAAACUUGAGUGGCAAUUUUUGUUGCAAUGAACAUCAGAAGUUUUUGAAAAAGUUUAA